UGCGACCAGAUGCUUGAGUGCUGCGAUGAGUUCCACAGGGGGGCCGCCGGGCGAUUUCUCUCCAAACAGCUCCGCGAGGAUCAAUGCCACAAUUGGCAUAGCGGCAUUCGUGGUGAUCUUCGGCUGCGUGGCCUUCUUCAUCACACUGGAUCUGUGCCUCCGCGUGCUGUUGCGGCGGUACACGGGGAUAAUUCCGCUGGGGCAGCGGCAGCCAGGGACAGGAACUCACGUGAAUCUGCUCAACAAAGGCCUGGACCAAGGCGUGAUCGAUUCGCUGCUACCAGCUUUCGUCUACGGCAAGGAAGGAUAUGUGGGGGCAACGACAGAGUGCGCGGUCUGCCUCUCCGAGUUUGAAGAUGGCGAGCGAGGAAGGCUCCUCCCGAAAUGCAACCAUGCCUUCCACGCCGGCUGCAUCGAUAUGUGGUUUCAGUCGCACGCGACGUGCCCAAUCUGCCGGAGCCCAGUCGUGGACAAUCCGGAUGCGAGCUCCAGCGCUGGAGCUGCUACUGCUACUGCGACUGCGACUGCUACUAUCACCAUCAGCGAGAGCGAGAGCUCACGAGACAACACUCCAGCGAGUCCUAUCCAGGUCGCUUCUUCGUCUUCUCUUUCCUCGGAGGCUCUAGCGGAGCUGCAAGGCUCCUCCUCUCAUCCGGCUGCUCCAGUGGUUAUCAUCAUCCCUCGAAUGGAGGAGGAUGGAUCGAGCACCGGUGCUACCGAUGGUGUGUCGUCUGCUCGAUCGUCCUUCCACUCGGUGAUCGACGUGAAUAAGGAGCAGCAGCCAGAGCCCAAGUCGCCGGUUGUGGCUGCGACGACGAUGGAGCGAUUGCGGAGCCUGGGAAGAAUUUUGAGCCGGCGAGACUUGGGGAGUAGCACGCAGCUUCCCAGUCCGCGGGUUUGAAAGGUUUUUUUUCUUGUUCUUGGAGCUUGAAAAGUUUUGUUCUUGUUCUUGGAACUUGUUUGUACAUAAACAUAGACAAAAUUAUUCUAUGGAACAUUCUUUUGAUCAA